ACCCACGCACGGGGCACCGUCUGGGCGAUGGUCUACUUCAAGGUCGCCGUCAUCUUCGCGCUUGCAUUAAUCGUCGCAAGCGGAGGCGGUGACUCACCGGGCGCGGGCGUGUUCCUGGCGCUGCUCGGGUGCCUCACCGCGUUCGUGUUUUGGCUGUGGAGACGCGAGAUCGACCUCGUCGCCAGGCUUCUCGCGGUCGCGUCCAAGUCGCUGCAGGACAACCCCCACGUGGUGACGGCCAUCGUCGGCGUCAAGCUGGCGCUGCUCACGCUCACCGUUCCGACGUUUGCGUUCGUGUCCGCGGCGUACCGCAACGGCCGCGUCGUUCGCGACCCGGACGCGGUGCUCCAAUCCGGAAAGGACACGUGUUUGGACGAGAACGGCGACGUGGCGCCGUGCUGCGUGUGGGAGACGGACGACUGGGCGUCGGCGUACGUCGCGAUGACCUCGCUGUUUUGGCUGUGGACCGUGAUGCUCGCGUUCGAGGUUCGGAUGUUCACCGUCGCCGGCGUCACCGCGCAGUGGUACUUCGCGCCCCCGGGCGUUCGCGCAUUCGCGGGCACCACGAUCGGUACAAUGAAGAACGCGUUGGGACCGUCGUUUGGGUCCCUCGCGCUCGGUUCGCUCGUGCUCACCGCGGUUCACGUCGCGCGAGAGAUUAACCAAAACGUCCGACGAAACGCGCGAGAAAACGGCGGCGGCGCCCUGCAAAUCCUCGCGUGCCUCGUCACCGCGUGCAUGGACUGCGUCUACGCGGUCAUACAGCACGUCACCAAGUACGCGACGAUCCAGUGCGCCGUCACGGGCGCCGCUUUUUGCGACGCCGCCGCCGCGGUGAGUCGGAUGCUCACGGAAAAUUUCUUAAACGCGUACGCGGUGUGGUGGCUCCCCGGGACGCUCCUCUCCGCCGCCGCGUUCGUGUUCGCGGCGGCGUACGGGACGUGCGUGGGCGUUGCCGGGUACGUCGCGUGGAACGGCGCGGAUGGGCACGAAAACGCCGGCGGCGAAUCGGUCAUCUUAGGAUUCGUCUCGUUUUGUCUCGCGCUGGUGGCGGUCAAUUUCUGCGUCACCGUGUUGCUCGACGUGGUGGACUGCGUGUUCGUGUGUUACGUGAUGGACCUGGACAGGCAGAGGAACUCGAGGCCGGAGGUGCACGAGAUUUACGAGGAGGUCAAGGCUAAGACGGCAAAGGCGGCGCCGGCGGUGGGAGGUUCCGGAGGUUCUGGAGGUUCCGGAGGUUUUGGCGGCGCCGUCGUUCAGGGACCGGGCGGCAACGUCGCGUACGGUAACCGCCGCGGCGCGGACGAUAACCUCUGAGGACUAGCUAGUCAGUCCACCUUCUGUUGUGUAUGUUACGAUAUCGCGUGUACAU